AUGGGUAAUAAAUAAGGAUGUGAAUUUGGUGGAAUAAUGAUAAGAACAGAAAAAUAGUUCUAUUUUGCUGGCGAUGUUGUAUUAGGUAAGAGGAUUACAUCUAAGUUACUUAGGAAACAUAUAUCUUCAUGUAAUUAAAGAAGGAUUUAGUGGAAAAGUAGUUUAACUUACCAUAUAAGGGAAGGAAAAAACACGUUGGGCAUCAGGAUCAGGUAGUCGGAGUAGAAUGCAUGAAGGAAAAUAUAACUUCCAUAAAGUCACAGUCGUUGUCCAUACAUUUGAUGAUGAUAAUCUUAAGGUUGGUUAAUUUACAUUUCCUUUUAAAUUUUAUAUUCCUGCAUACUUUCCUGGAACAUUUUAUUUUAAAGACAUUGUUUUUGCAAGCAUAAGCUAUAAAGUAAUUGCAAGAGUCGUCUCAACAUCCAAGUCGAUAAAUGAUAUAUAAAAUAAAUAAGCACUAAUCUUAAGGGAACCAAUUAAAGAAAUUAAAACAUUGAAAUAAAAGAAGGAAUCUACUUAGAUUGUUAGUGGAUGCUGUAUUAAAAGAGGAGUAUAGAUAAUUAAUCAUAUUUUAGACUUCUUCAAUUGAAGUGAAAAUAGAAAAAAAUGCAUUUUUUCCAAAUGAAUUUCUCAACUUUGAUUAUGAUAUAGACAACACAAAUUGUCAACUUGAUCUAGAAAAGGUUGAUUCUGUAAUUGUGAAUAGAUUAAGAUUGAGAUCAAAUUCAAAUAGAGAAAGGGUGAUUGAAUUUGAAUUAAAUUAUUAAUACCACAAAGGUCCUUAAAAAGGAACUAAAAUUUAACCUGAGUAAAAGUAAGAGUACUAAUUAUAAUUGAUUAAUUUAAAAAAGCCUCUUUAGCACCUAAUUCCAUCAAAUAAAGGAUUAUUCGUGAAUUCAAAAUAUCAUUUGAGAGUUCAGCCACAUUAUGAGGGUAAGUGUAAAUCUAUUUAGGUUGUUCUUGUUGUUCACCUAGACCCACUGUGCAGAUUCCAAUUACUAUUUUUGCUUUACCUCCUGAAGAAGAUAUUCAACCAUUGAUCUAACCUGAAAACUGGAAUCCAUAAGAAUUUUAACCAAUUAUAAUCUAAUCGGAUGUUCAAGGUUAAACAAGUACCCUUAAUUAAGGGCUCUAGUAAAUGGCUAACCCAAUGAAAAAUUGA